AUGGAAAUUACUACAUUAAUUAAAUGUUCAAUAUACUCUAUUAUUAAGUUAGUAUUUAUUGCAUUGAUGGGUUUUAUUGCAUCAAGGUGUUCUGGAUUUGAUGAAAGAAUGAGAGGAGGUUGGUCUAAAUUAAUUUUUACUUAUUUUAUGCCUGCGAUUGUAUUUUAUCAAACAGCAACAGCAAUUGAUGAAAUUAAAGAAUUAAAAGAAUUAUGGAUAUUACCAGUUGCAUGUUUAAUUCAUGGGAUAUUACAAUUUUUUAUACCCUUAAUAAUUGGAUUUAUACUUAGAAUUUCAACAUUAGAUAAUAGAGUUUUUUCUUUCACACUUGGGUUUGCUAAUGUCAUGUAUAUUCCUAUGGCGAUUGUAGAGGCAUUAACUAAUGAAACUGAUGAAUUAGGAAAUGAUGCAAAAAAUAUAGCUUUUAGUUAUAUUUGUACAUAUCAAUUGACAUUUAUGAUAACAUUCUUUGUUCUUGGGUAUAAUUAUAUUAACUUUAAUGUUCGUGAUGAACAAAAAUUACAACAAAAGGAAAUAGAAAUGAAAGAAAUUAAAGUUGAAAAAGAUGAUAAUGAAUUAAAAAAUGAAAAUAUAUUUCAAGAAAAUAAUAAUAAUAAUGAAAAUCAUCAAUCACAACCAAAUAACAUUGAUAAUUCAAUGUCUGUUAGUAACGAACAUGUCCAUGAGACUAAUGGUGCUACUAUUAGUAAUAGUGAAAGAAGAAAUUCACUUGAUGAUAAUUAUUCAACAAAACAAAAAUCUAAACAACGAUGUUCAUCAUUUACACAACCUUUUAUUAAUUGUUACAAAUUACUAAAGAAAAUUGGUUAUUAUAUAUCUCAACCGUUUAUUAAAAUAUGGAUGAAAUUACCAGAAAUUAUUAGAUUUUCAAUUAAAAAUUUAUUUUCUAUUCCAACAAUGGCUGCAAUCCUUGGUGUUAUUUUUAUGUUAAUCAAACCAGUUAGAGAUCCUUUACUUGUUUCUGGUAAUUGGAGUAUCAUUGGAAGAUGUAUUUCCUAUUUAGGUAGUUGUACUGUUUUUUGUGCAUUGUUCCUUCUUGGAGGAGCACUUUCAAAUGGUCCACGAGGUGGUACUAUUUCAACAUGGAAAAUAAUGAUUGGUAUUAUCGCUAGAAUGGUUAUAACACCAACAAUUUGUUGGGUCGCAACUUAUUUAUUGUAUAAAUAUGAAAUAUUGCCAUCUAACAAAGUAAUGUAUUUUGUUCUCCAAAUUGAAUCAUUUGCACCUCCUGCAUUAAACAGUCUCGUUGUAGUUAAUGUUUGUUAUCCAAAUGGAACAAAUUCGACUUCAACAAUAUUAUUUUGGUCUUAUAUGUUAGCAAUUAUUUCUUUAACCGUUGAUAUAAUUAUUACUAUGACAACAUUAGAUAAUUGA